AUGCGUAUUGAGAAUCCAAGAAAUGCUCAUUGUAAUCACGAAACAAUGCAGAUAAUUCAAGAUGUUCUUAACAGGGAUUCUCCAUAUGCUGCAGCUUAUAAAAAUAUGGCUGAAGUAGAACGUGAAGAAACAGCCAGAGCAGCAGCAGAAAACAGACAGCCUUCUGUUGUAAGUAUGGUAAUGCGCGAGGGUAAUGAUCGCAGAAGGUAUAAUGCCCCCUUGCAUGAGGAAGUCGCUGCAAUCUUCGUUGGUAAACAUUGGGCACCUCCUGCUGCAAAAGAUAUCGUUGUUUAUCCACGUAAUCAACCUUUGCAGCAAAUUCCUUAUACAUCAUGCAAUAUUGAUUCUAUGAUGUAUCCUAUUUUAUUUCCACGUGGUGGGCCGGGUUGGGACCCAAACAUGGCCCACGCCAGGGAGCAUGCAACUGGACAAUAUUUAGUAGAUGCAUAUGUUAAAGUUGAAGGUCAACAGCUUGCAUUUAUUCGCCAAAAUCAAAACCAGCUUCGAGCAGACUCCUACCAAGGUCUUCUGGAUUACCUCCAAAAUGCUGCAGAUCAACAUAACUUACAAGCAGGUAAUGUUGUUGUCUUGCCUUCUACAUUUUCUGGCUCACCCCGUAACAUGCAUCAGUUGUACCUUGAUGCAAUGGCAUUGGUUUCAAAGAAAGGUAAGCCAGAUUUGUUCUUGACUUUUACUUGCAAUCCAAAAUGGCCAGAAAUUGUUAUUAAUUUGUUACCUGGUCAAUCUGCUUCCGAUAGACCAGAUUUGGUUGCAAGGGUGUUUAAAUUAAAAUUACUUGCAUUAAAAAAAGACUUAAAAGACGGUGUAUUAGGUGUUCUGUGUGCACAUGUAGAUGUUAUUGAAUUUCAGGAAAGUGGUUUACCGCAUGUUCAUAUGCUUUUGCAUCUACACAAUGAGUUUAAAUUACGAAAUGCUGAUGAUAUUGACUCAUUAAUUUGUGCACAGAUUCCGGAUCAAAACCAAGAUGCUGAACUGUAUGAUAUAACAAAGUCAUGUAUGAUCCAUGGGCCAUGUUGCCACCUUAAUAAUAGAUCUCCAUUCAUGAAAGAGGGUGAGUGUAAUAAGCAUUUUCCUAAGCAAUUUAAUGACGGAACUGUAAUCAAUGUAGACGGUUAUCCCAUGUACCAUCGCGCUGAUAAUGGAAGAACGGUAAGAAUUCGAAACUUUGAUGUUGAUAAUAGGUGGGUUGUGCCUUAUAACCUUUUCCUUUGUAAAAAAUAUAUGGCACAUAUCAACUUAGAAGCAUGUGUGUCAAUUAAAAGUGUUAAGUAUUUGUAUAAAUAUAUUUAUAAAGGUUAUGAUACUGCACACAUAGAAAUCAGUGAGUGCAUCGAUUAUGAUGAGCAACAACAUUCUUAG